AAGAACAUAAACUUUUACCGGAAGAGAACGUUGGAUUAGUUGAGCUGCUUACUGUGUUCACAUGGAGACGCAGAGUGCUGCUCAGUCUCAUCCUCUCUUUGGAGGAGCGCUGUCAGCUGUCCUCCCUCACAGCGCCACAGACAUCAGUGAGCUGAGGGAGAUCCCGGACAACCAGGAGGUGUUUGCCCACGCACACACCGACCAGAGCCUGAUCGUGGAGCUGGUGGAGUACCAGGGUCAGGUGGCAGACCAGGACGCUGCCAGGUAUCACUUUGAAGACAUAGCAGGCAGCAACAAAGCUUUAGAGCCAGGUGCUUUUGAAGUGACCAGUGUUGUGGCCCUGUCCAAAUCGGAGCUGUCCCUGUCAGACUGCAGCUGUGCCUGGAUGCUGACUGGGACACAGUGUAUAUCUAAAUUCAACGAAGAAGCAAGGAAUACAGUGACCCUUCACCUGGGCCUGUUCAGGCUGCCACAGUUCUCCACAGAUGUCCUGAUAACCUUCAACGACCCGCAGAGCAUCAGCCCUGACAGCAGCAGUGCUGCUUCAGCGGCGACACACAGGGAGCCAUGGACGGUGCAGGACUUCCAGCGCUUGUUGCAUACUCUGACUCUGCACAACCCAGGGCUGUUUGGGUAGAACGAUGACUGCUUUGCAGAUUUAAACACAUUAGGCGUGUGUUUAUCCUGGAUCUAAUGAGAAUCUGGCACGCUGCAUGCUUUGGUUCCCAACCCAAAGGUUUUGCAAAAAGUUAUUUUGAGCAUUGGUCCUGUCCCUGUCGUGACACCUAGGAAUACAUGUCCUGUUAUGCUUUUGAUGUCUGAUUUGUUCUGGCAACUAAAAAUUAACUGAACAUCACAUGAUGAGAAGAAAGUUUUGUCAUAAUAAAUGUUUGGA